AUGCAAGCAGUCGUCUUCAAAGGGCCUUUCACGGUGGCGGUGGAGCAGCGGCCGAUUCCAAGAAUCCAACAUCCAAAUGAUGCCAUCGUCAAGGUGCAAUAUACAGCGUUGUGUGGCAGUGAGCUUCAUGUCUAUCGAGGCCAUCAGAAGUCAGAAACAGACUUCAUUAUGGGCCAUGAGUUCAUCGGCGAGAUACACGAAGCUGGCCCCGGACUGCAGGACAUCAAGAAAGGAGACUGUGUCAUAGCACCUUUUGCAAUCAACUGUGGGUCAUGUUUCUAUUGCAAGAGAGGCAUGAGCUCCCGCUGUGUCCAUUCAAGUCUUUUCGGGCCACCGGCUCUCGAUGGAGGCCAGGCCGAGUUUGUUCGAGUGCCUUUAGCAGACUCAUCGCUUGUCCAUGCCCCUAAUGGCAUAGAUAAAAAGAAGCUCGUAUUAAUGGCUGACAUCUUCCCAACGGGCUAUUUUGCUGCAUUGAAUGCCUUUAAAGGUUUACCAACUUCUACAGUUGAGGAGAGCUUGGUACUGAUCUUUGGCUGCGGACCUGUUGGUCUAUUUGCACUUAUAAGUGCUCGGAGCUACAGGCCAAAGCAUCUAAUUGCUGUAGACAAGGUUCCUUCGCGGCUUCAAAUGGCAAGAGCCCUAGGAGCCGAGACCUGGAACUUGGAAGAUGGUGACAUACCUUUAAAAGAAAGGGUAAUGAAACUAACAGACGGACGUGGCGCUGAUAUUGUCAUUGAGGUCGUCGGCCAUGCUGACGCAUUGAGAAUGGGGUUUGACCUCCUGCGCCCUUUCGGCCGUAUUUCUAGUGUGGGGAUACAUAACGAAAACAUUCCAUGGACCGGGAAUGAAGGCUACGGGAAGAAUCUGUCGAUUCAAAUGGGCCGUUGCCCUGUUCGAAGUGGGUUUUCCGAUUUUACCCCGAAGAGGCUCAAUACCGAGCUGAAAUUGACGACAAAUCUCACAGGUAUUUUUAAGGAUGCAUUGGAAAUGUUUAUCGAGAAUCAAGCAGACUUUGACUUCAUGACUACGGAUGUGCGACCUUUGUCACAAGCCAAAGAGAGCUUUGAUGACUUUGACAAGAUGAGAUCACAAAAGAUAAUUCUUGUACCUGGCAAAUAA